GGUUCAUUGCAAGAAGAAGAAGAAAAAGGCGCCUUUUUUAGGAUGUUAGGUUUCUCCUACUGCGUGAAUUUAUAUUAAACCUUUAUAAAAUUAUAGCACUUUAUAAUCGAUGAAAACAAAAUGCAGAAGAGAUUUUCAAUAAAUACUUCACUGAAAAAUGCAAAUAUUUUUGAUGAUGAUGCUUGGCAUGAAGUAAAUGGUGUUCAAGUGAAGAAAGAAGUUAAACAAGAAAAAAUUGAUGAUGAGUUUGAAUACAAUACAGCUCAUCAAAAUGGGGUUUGCGAUAGGACAAUCAAGCAAGAACCAGGUUCUUCAGAUGAGAAAGAUAAAAGUGAAUCAUUUAUGUUAGACGGCAGAACCACUCUUAAACAAGAAACAAUAUCACCAAGCAAAGUGAAGGCAGAAACAAAACAUUUGUUCGAUGAGUCUCCUUUUAACAAACAUGUGUUUGAAUGUCUGAAAUUGAAGGAAUCUACAAUUCAAUCAGGGGCCGAAGUUAAGGACAAUAGACCCGCAGAGGGUAGAUUGACUUUAAAAAGUGCCAAAAGAGAAAUUUUUGCCAGAUCCUCUCCCUACAAAAGAGACCAUGACUCUCAUUUUGCCCAGAGAGCUUCAGUAAUGGAUCGUUUAGGUCCAAAAGUUUCUAACCAAUUAGGUUCGAUGGGGCAAUCUCGAGAAGACUGCUUUUCCAAAAGGAGGCGAAAAGAUGACGACUACAUAGAGGCCGAUCCUGCAGUUUUGGCCCGCAGGCAAAAGCAAAUCGACUACGGAAAAAAUACUGUAGGCUAUGACAACUACAUUAAGACAGUACCGAGAAGCGAACGGAAAUUAGAUGAUCCACGAACCCCCAACAAAUUUAAACGUUACUCAAGAAAAGGUUGGGAUGGUUUAAUAAGGCAGUGGCGGAUACGCUUACAUAACUACGAUCCGAUUGAUUCAUAAAUUUUUCUUAGAUUUUAUGUAGAUAUAUGUAUUCCGUCUUUAAUUUUCUAUAAAAUUAUAUGCAGAUUUUUUGGUGAGUAGUCUAGACAAGUUUUUUUUUUAUUCGCCGACCUUUAAUUUUUUUAGUAGAUACGACUAUCGAUUUUAUUUUGCAAUGGCACUAAUUUUUUUUUUGGUUUAAUCCAACAGUCCUUCAGCUAAUAUAUUUUUCUAGAUUUCUAAAUCUUGGUCCCAUAACAUCAAUGUUUGCGAAUUUAUUUCCCAAUGGUUACACUGCUUAAUAUAAACAAACAUUCUCGUUUUACAUGAUUGACAUGAAACUUUGACCAGCGUGUAUAAGCGACAAUAAAGCAUUAU